GAAUUUCUGAUGGGAACAGUCCUCCCAUGGAAGCGACGAAGAAGGUUGUUUACAGAGGGUGGAAAGUCAUCCCAUUCAUUCUAGGGAACGAGGCAUUCGAGAAGCUGGGGAUCAUAGGGACGAUGUCGAACCUUCUGUUGUACCUCACUUCUGUCUUCAACUUGAAGAGCGUUACAGCAGUGACCAUCAUCAACGCCUUCGGCGGAACCAUCAACUUCGGCACUUUCGUCGCCGCUUUUCUCUCCGACACCUACUUCGGUCGCCACAAGACACUUCUCUUCGCUAUCUUCGCUUGUUUUCUGGGAUCACUUGUGAUGGAACUGACCGCAUUAAUCCCGCAACUGCACCCGGUUCCUUGCGGAACAGGGCGAGAAAUCGAAUGUAAAGGGCCAAACGCCGGGCAAAUCAUGAUUUUGGUAACGGGUCUCGGACUCCUCGUAGUGGGAGCAGGGGGUGUCAGACCGUGCAACUUGCCAUUUGCAGCCGAUCAGUUUAACAAGAAAAUCGAGUCCGAGAAAAAAAAGUCUGACAGUCUCUUCAGCUGGUACUUCUUCACCUACGCCAUGGCUCAGAUCGUGUCGUUGACGCUGAUUGUGUAUGUACAGUCCAACGUCAGCUGGGCAGCUGGUUUAGCCAUCCCGCCCGUUGUCACGCUCGUGGGUUUCCUGAUUUUCUUCGCGGGUGAUAAAUUGUACGUGAAAGUGAAAGCCUCGGGCUCUCCUUUGGCUAGUGCAGCUCAAGUCAUAGUCGUCGCUAUCAAGAAGCGAGGACUGAUGCCGGUGAAUGAGCCUUGGCUUGAUCUCCACAACUACAUUCCACCAAAACAUGCAAACUCGAGGCUUGGAUACACUGACCAGUUCAAAUUUCUUGAUAAAGCGGCGAUCUUGACACCCGAGGAUAGGUUAAACCCGGACGGAUCACCGGCUGAGCCAUGGAAACUGGCUACCAUGCAGCAAGUUGAGGAAAUGAAAUGCAUUCUGAGAGUGCUCCCCAUCUGGUUUUCAACCGCGGUUUACUACCUAGCCAUAGCCCAACAGAUGACAUACCCAGUCUUGCAAGCUCUUCAGAGCGAUCGACGCAUCGGUUCAGGGAAAUUCGAGAUCCCAGCCGCCACCUACACCGUAUUCUUGAUGGCAGGAAUGACGGGUUUUAUCAUAAUUCACCAGACUCUGCUCAAGCCGCUUCUCAAAAGGAUAACCGGUGUAACGCUCUUACAAAGGAUGGGAACUGGAAUGGCAUUUUCGGUUGCGAGUAUGGCGAUUGCAGGGAUCGUGGAAAGGCGGAGGAGAACCAUAGCCCUGACGAAACCAACGCUCGGGAACGAUCCCAAGAGGGGCGCAGUCUCCUCCUUCUCGGGGCUAUGGCUGAUCCCGCAGCUCAUACUGGCGGGGAUAGCUGAGGGCUUAAUGGUCGUCGGCCAAAAUGAGUUCUACUACGAGGAAUUCCCCGAAAACAUGAGGAGCUUCGCAGGUUCUAUGUACUACGUCGGCACAGGAAUCUCGAGCUACUUAGGUAGUUUCUUGAUAUCGAUGAUCCACAAGAGGACAACGCAUUCGCCGACGGGCAACUGGUUGGACGAAGAUCUGAACAAGGGAAGGUUGGAUUACUUCUAUUACAUGAUAACGGGGAUUUCCGCUGUGAACUUUGUUUGCUUCUUGGUUAUGGCCAAAUGGUACAGGUACAAAGACAUUGAUGACGAGACCGAAGCUGAGGCCGAGAAUCUGGACAGAAACAACUCUGUAUGAUGAGCUUGGUCCGCAUC